GGGCACCGCGGGACCUCGCCGAAUGGACACCCACUGCCUGCUGUGGCACCUGGAAGGCUCAGAGGCAUUUUUGAAAACACGGGGUGUCAACAGAAGAGCUUCCAACCAGGGUUAUUUGCGUGGUUAUGCCCUGCCUUGCCCCAAAUUUCACCUGUAGUUUCAAAGGGGAGAAUACGCUCCCCAGCGCCCCUCUGCAGCUUCAGCGAGCGGGGCCCCCCGCGGGGCGCGGGGCCGCCGCGGAGGAAACUACAGCUCCCGGCGUGCCCCGCGGCGGGGCGACUACAGCUCCCGGCGUGCCUCGCGGCGCGGCCCGCGUGGUGCUGGCGUGAGGCGGCCGCGCUGGCGGAGCCGCCGCCGGGGUCGCCGCCGGGCGAGGGGCGCAGCGGGAACCGCCCGCCGCCGCGGCCUCUGCUGAGGAGGACCCCCGGUGGCGCCCGGCGGAGCGGCAAUGCCGGCUUCAAGUCGCCGAUCCCAUCUCCAAGGUCCUGCCAACCUGAUGGAGCCAGUGAAGAAGCCCUGCAGUAUGAAAUCGAAGAGCUGAAACGGAAAGACCUCGCUCUAGACCAGGAAAUUGCACAAUUCUUGUCUGAAGGCUACAGUCUGGAAGAACUGGAGAAACAUAUCUCUCUACUCCAUGAGUAUAAUGAUAUUAAAGAUGCUGGACAGAUGCUGUUAGGCAAGCUGGCUGUUAUUCGAGGGGUUACCACAAAGCAGCUAUACCCUGAAUAUGAUCUGGAGCUUAGUGACUAGUAUUGAAUCUGAAGACCACAGUGUCCUGCCAAGAUGCCUAUUAGUGGGCCAUUGGGUUUUGGUGUCAUACCUAUUUAAAAUUGAUAAAAGAAGGUCUUGGAAGUGUGUAGACUUUCAAGAGAGAGUAUGUUAACAGCCUUUCUUUUUUUUUCUAAGAAGCUUUGGAACAUGAAAGUUAUCAUCAGUUUCCUGUUUGUGGAAAACGGAUGUUGAGGAUGUGGUAUUUUGUAUAAUCUCAGUUUGUCUACUUCCUGAUCAACCCUUCUUUUUUUCCAUAGGAAGGGUUAUAAUUCAAGGUUUAUGUUGAGUCCCUUCCUACUGAGCUUUUGCUUCUUUACAACAUCAUGAAGCUAUUUGGGAGUGCUAAUCUGCAGGUGGAAGCAGCUUUUAAUGAAUGGAUAGAGGAGGUGAGGGUAGAAGAAUAUACAAUGUAAUAGCUGCUUGAAAAGAAAAGAAAAUCCCAGGGAAGUAGGGAGGGAAGAAGGUUGAAAUGUGUGGGUGGGUUUUUUUGUUGUUGGUGGGGGUUUUUUUGUUUUUUUUUGGAAUGACCAAAUUUGGGAAGUUUGGGUUCUUUGCAUUUUUGUACCUCACUGAUCUGGUAUGUAGAUGUUUUGCAUCAUUUCUGUAGUAAAUAAACAGCAAAAUGUGACAUUGUAUUAAAUUGUCCAGUCUGAAUAAGGCAGCUAUCACCUUUCUCAGCAAUUCCCUGUAUGAGCCAAUGAAACAAUAAAAGAACCUGGGAACAAAUUCUUAAACUAUA